UAUGGCGGCACCCAUAUUGAAGUGGAAGCGGGUGAUAAACACAACAGGACCAUGUCCUAGGCCACGACAUGGGCAUCGCGCAGUUGCAAUUAAAGAUUUAAUGAUCGUUUUUGGUGGUGGCAAUGAAGGGAUCGUUGACGAACUUCAUGUUUACAAUACCACUACUAACCAGUGGUUUGUUCCGGCAGUUCGUGGUGAUAUUCCCCCAGGGUGUGCAGCUUAUGGGUUUGUGUGCGAUGGAACACGCAUUCUUAUCUUUGGCGGGAUGGUUGAGUACGGGAAGUACUCUAAUGAAUUGUAUGAACUACAGGCCAGCCGUUGGGAGUGGAAACGCCUCAAACCAAAGCCUCCCAAGAAUGGACCCCCACCCUGUCCUCGAUUGGGUCACAGUUUUACAUUGCUGGGUAACAAAGCGUGGCUGUUUGGAGGUCUUGCUAAUGACAGUGAAGAUCCUAAAAACAACAUACCUAGGUACUUAAAUGACAUUUACGCGCUGGAACUGAAGCCGUUUUCUAACCAGCUGUCGUGGGAGCUGCCGAACACUGUGGGUCAGCCUCCACCCCCUCGAGAAUCUCACUCAUGUGCUGCACACGUCGGGAAGGAUGGUCGCCAUCCUCGCCUCUUCAUCUACGGUGGCAUGAGUGGGUGUCGGCUGGGAGAUCUGUGGCAGUAUGACAUUGACACUUUUACUUGGACAAAGCCAGUGGUUCAAGGCUUACCACCGUUACCGCGGAGUCUGCACUCGGCGACAGUGAUUGGUAAUCGGAUGUUCGUGUUCGGCGGCUGGGUCCCUCUAGUUAUGGACGAUGUUAAAGUUGCGACACAUGAGAAAGAGUGGAAGUGUACGAACACCCUGGCAUCUCUGAAUCUCGAAUCUAUGACGUGGGAGCCGCUUGCCAUGGAAGUGUUUGAAGACGCACUGCCUCGCGCUCGGGCUGGUCACUGCAGCGUGGCCAUUAACACACGACUCUUUAUUUGGAGUGGCAGAGACGGCUACCGGAAAGCUUGGAAUAACCAGGUGUGCUUCAAGGAUUUGUGGUUCCUAGAAACAGAAAAGCCACCAGCGCCAUCUCGUGUUCAGCUAGUGCGAGCAAGCACGAAUACGCUGGAAGUGUGCUGGGGAGCUGUCCCUACGGCCGACGCGUAUCUGCUGCAGCUUCAGAAAUACGAUCUCCCUCCGUCGCAGGCCAUGACGCCAACAGCAGUCCCAACCUCUAGUGCUCUCAUCAAACCCGUGACGCCAACCUUGCAGCAGGCACCAAUGAUCAGAUCUCCUACUAUAGCAGGAGCGGGGCAAAUCCGCACUAUAGGUUCGGCUGCCCUCCCAUCUAUCACUCUGUCUUCCCCACAGACUAUUCGAGUGACUGCGACCCCUAGAGCUAAGGUUCCCAUGACGGUCACACCCGUUUCCUCAGGGCUGAGAGUCGCGACUCCUCAGAUCAUCAACGUGGGACAGAAGGCAGCCAUUACAACCACUUCGGGAGGACAGAUGACUGGCAUUGCAGCUCUUGCCGCAGCCGCCGCAGCAACUCAGAAGAUUCCUGGUGCGACUACAGCUACCACAACGCCAGUGUCUGGAAUCAAGGUCGUCACCCCAACGAUGGUUACACCUGCUGGAGUGAAGGUUUCACCUAUUCAAGGCACCAAGAUUCAAGGGAGUCUUACUCCAGGCCAGCCCCAGACAGUGCGAGUCGGUACGCCAGGCACGACCAUUCUGAAGGCUGGUACGGGCAGCCUGGCCGGCAAACAGAUAAUAACGGUACACAAGGCCGGCACCAUGGCCAACCAGCCCCAGAUCGUCACACUGGUAAAGACCACCCAGGGCAUGACCGUGGCUUCGACAAAGGGAGGUAUUCCUCACGGGGCGACAAUUGUCAAACUGGUGACCACACAGGCCGGUGCAGGCAAGGCAGGGGGGACGGUGAUCAGUCAGAGUCAUGGACAGACCCCGUCCACCAUCCUGGGAAUCAGCAGUGUUCAGCCUAAUACUGGCCUCUCAAAGAAUGUUACGAACAUAAUAAAAACAAUCCCGACAUCGAUGAUCUCCAUGGCGAAGAUGAGUGGCAGCAGUGUGACGACGCAGGCCGGCACUAAAACCAUCGUGAUCACGGCACCUAAGGGCAGCGGGGGAGCUCUGACCACCCCCACCAAGAUCAUGACCGUUCCCAAACUCGGUGGUCACGGCAGCACGCAGUUUAUCGUCGUCAGUCCACAGAGCGCUGCAGGAAAAGCAUCAACACAAGCAAUACUAAGUUCUGGUGGCAAACCAGUCACAGUUUCAGCAUUGCCAACUUCUCCACAGAUAGUAACCCCAGGGACAAAACCCGUUGUCACUAUACUAUCAAACCAAGGCGGAACUUUUUCAACAGCAAGUCUUGCGUCCACAGCCAACUCCACCGUACUGAGUCCUGGAGUUGUCAAGACUCCCGGUGCGUCGACGAUAUCCCUCAUCGCACAGCCUUCAACUGGAGUGGUCACACCCACCACGAUGGUCACUCGGCAGAUCAUUGCUACAUCAGCACACUCAAGCCUGGCGGGAACUGCAGGGAAGCCAGUUCAAAUCACGAUAACGCCGGUUGGACAGAAUGCCACCCAGGUGCCCAAGACGGUGCCAAUAACCACGAUAACAACACAGUCAGCAACAAGUGAGUCUGGUACAGAUGGUCUGCAGCCAGAAUCUGGGGAGGUUACAGCUUCUGGAGAUUGUGGAAGGCCGGAAGGGUGUGGGACUCCGCCUCCAGGAGAUUGUGGAAGACCAGAAGGGUGUGGAACUCCACCCCCUGGUGAUUGUGGAAGACCAGAAGGGUGUGGAACUCCUCCUCCAGGAGAUUGUGGAAGACCAGAAGGCUGUGGAACUCCGCCCCCUGGAGAUUGUGGAAGACCAGAAGGGUGUGGAACUCCGCCCCCUGGAGAUUGUGGAAGACCAGAAGGCUGUGGAACUCCACCUCCGGGAGAUUGUGGAAGACCAGAAGGGUGUGGGACACCGCCUCCAGGAGAUUGUGGUAGACCAGAAGGAUGUGGGACUCCACCCCCAGGAGAUUGUGGGAGGCCAGAAGGGUGUGGAACUCCGCCUCCUGGGGAUUGUGGAAGACCAGAAGGCUGUGGAACUCCGCCCCCUGGGGAUUGUGGAAGACCAGAAGGCUGUGGAACUCCACCCCCAGGAGAUUGUGGGAGGCCAGAAGGGUGUGGAACACCUCCACUAGAAAAUGGGGAUGAGGAGCCCCAACAACAAAUGGAAGAGAGUAAUGAAAAUUCUUCGGCAAGUACAGAAAUGCCGACGGAAGGUGGAGCAGAGGACGUCCCAGCUAAAGAUAGUGCUACAGCAGACCAGCCAAUGGAUGGAGUGGCGCAUGAUGCCCAUCCAUCAGUAGAGGCAUCGGUAUCGGAAAUGGGACAGGGAGACGCCCCGGAACCCAUGGAUACCAGUUUUGAUCCUAACCUGAAGGUGAAGACUGAAGGGGAGGAGGGUUUGAAGCCUGUAGACAGUACACCCCAGAAACCAGCACUGGCAGCUGAUGUUUCAGAUCCACUUGCAACAUUAGCGACAGCUGCAUCAUCAUCCACACCAGCAAUAACCACAGUGAAACAAGAGCCUGACGUCGCCAACGGUGUUAAGACGGAGUCGGAGGUUAAACAGGAAAAGACCACUCCAGUGAAGCGAGACGGGAACCAGUGGUACGACGUAGGCAUUAUUAAGGGGACGACAUGCAUCGUGUCUCACUACCACCUUCCAUCUGAUGGGGCUCAGGGCAAUGGUGACGACAUUGAUGUGGUGAAUGUCCCCGACCACAGUAUUCUGAAACGCCAGGAACUCCAGCCCGGGACGGCGUACAAAUUCCGAGUGUCAGGAAUAAACGCGUGUGGGCGGGGACCAUUCAGUGAAGUCUCCGCAUUCAAAACGUGUCUGCCGGGUUUCCCUGGAGCACCGUCGGCUAUUAAAAUAAGCAAGAGUACAGAAGGUGCCCACUUGUCUUGGGAGCCUCCACAAAACACAGCUGGGAAAAUCACAGAAUACUCCGUGUACCUGGCUGUCCGGAAUGCCGCGGCGACAGAGCAGAAACCCGGAACCCCGGCCCAGUUAGCGUUUGUGCGUGUUUAUUGUGGCCCAAACCCAUCAUGUGUUGUUACAACAGCCAGUCUGGCGUCCGCACAUAUAGACUUUACAACCAAGCCGGCCAUCAUCUUCAGAAUUGCAGCUAGAAAUGAAAAGGGAUACGGUCCAGCAACACAAGUCCGGUGGCUGCAAGAUGCCAACCAAACUGCAGCAAAUUCAAAGGUUGCAGUCAAGAGGGUGAUUCCAUACGGGAAGCCCACAGUCUCAGCUCAAGAAAGUGCUAUAAAGAAAAUCAAAACGGAAGAAGAAGGCUAGUCCGGUGGAUCAAAUCAUCAUCAUCAUCAUCAUCAUCAUCAAAACUUGCUGAUUUCUUUAUUCAUUCAAUCACUCAUAUAAACAUUAAACAAGUCACGGCUAGCUCUGGCAGUCGCCAAAUUCGCCAGUUAAGAAUUUCAACAACAAUUGGCAAAUUUUAUUUUAAUUUGACAAAAUAAUUUCAUGAAAUAUUUGAUAUUUUGUUAUAAAAUAACUGGGUUUCUGCAGUUUUUGAAGUUUAGUAGAUAAUUUGGCGAAAUAUUUUGCUGACCCAGAGCCAGCUCUGCAAGCUAUAAGAGAUAACACAGCCAGCUAAUUGAACUCUUCAUAUUUGGUUAUUUGUAAGACAGAACAAUUUCAGUGCUUGAUGAACAGAGAUCAGAAAUCUUCUGGUGUACAUCCACAUACACACAUGUGCGCAUGGUCUCUGUUUUUGUCAUUUCAGACUUCACUUUAAGGCAGACAAAACAUUGCAGCACAUGCAGUAGCAUGUUCAGAAGGCUAAGCACUUGCAAACAAUUUGUUUGGUACCAUUGUCUUCUGUCAUAUCGUACUCAUUUAACAUUAGUUGCAAAAACCAGUCUAGUGAAUGAUAACAAUCGCUUGCUCACCCUCUAGAACAUGUCUCAGUAUUCUACAUUAACUCACGGCAAACAUUUUGUCCUGUAACGAACAUCUUUACAGUUUGACUUGUCCUAUCGGAAAUGUGCUAUGCUCAGCUGAGUGUUUCUGUUGAGAGGAGUUGAGCACUAUUGCUGGGACGACAAGCAAAAAUAUUUAAAUAUUUGCCAGCCUGUGGUGAUGUUGACUGGAAAAAAAACCAGGUCGUGAUGAAAGUAUUUUGACCUCUGUUAUGUGAGUUGAUGUUAUGUGAGUUGAAUUUUUUAAAAUUCUACUAACAUGCUGCGCGUCUACUGUCCAGAAUUCAGUCUAUAACAAUAUAGAAUACGUGUAUUUUUUUGGAAUACAUUAAUAAAACUCUGGUGAUCCUCAAAUUUCAAACUUAAUUAAUCAUUUGAUGAUUUCACCACAUAACUGAUUGGUGGUUUGCAUCAGUUUGAAGUUAAGUAACCUACACGCAAAACAAUUGACUAUUCGCAAGAAAUAAUGUACUCUGUUAAAAUAAAGUUGUCAAAUUUAUCAGUGUGUUAAAGUCGGGGAACAAAUUUUCACUUUGUCUAUGUUGUAAUUUAAUUUUUAGGUCAUUUGACUGGUUGGAGAAGUGAGAAUAAUUUUACUUGCCCUACAUCCAAAACACUAGUCCCAAGCAAGCAUAUAUGUAGAGCCAUGGCUUGAGAUUUUGAAGCUAUCUUAGCACUACGAUAUUGUAAAACCAUCGUAAGUUAUGACGAUACAGUGGCACAUGUCAUAGCCUCUGACAGUUUUAUGAUAUCGUAGUGCUAAGGUUGCUUCCAAAAUUUGGGCUCGUGACUUAAUGUUUGUUGAAUUGGACUAAUGAAAUCAGCAAACCAUUAAUUCAUUCAUUCCCUGUUAAUACUGCAUGUUUCAACUAGUUUGUCUCAAUUGUGCAUUGUAAUUACACAUUCAUAAAGCAAAGUUAAAUUACAAUUGGUUUAGUUACACAUACUUAGUAUUUAUCUUGUAUAGUAGUUUGUCCAUUUAAGUUGUUUCUAUGUAUUAGUACAUAAUGAUUAGUGUUUGGUACUUAGCAUUGUUAACAAAUGUAAUUGUACAUUGUAAGUAGAUUUUAUUAAUAUAAUCAACAAAUGUUUUUUAGAAAUGGUUUAAAAUGUAUGUGAAAGUUUCAUUUCCUCAAAAAAGAUGUAAAUUUAGUUAAGGCUUUCUGUUCACUGUUGCCAAUAUUUUGUAGAGGUAUAUAAAGUACUGAUGGGGUAGGAUAUAUAGUCUAUACAGAAUGCAGACUAGGGAAAUAGUAUCACUUACCCACACUUAAUAGACUGCAAUGCUGCAAAGAGGGGAAAAAAGAAAAUGUUGGACCUCUGAUAUUAGUAUUAGUAUGAAACUUAGGUUUUUAUUAUUUUAUAUAAACAUGCCAAUAUGUUUUGGUGUGUUAAUAAAAUUCAGUCCAUCCAUUCAUAUUUAAUUUGUAAAUUGUGUUGUAACGUUAAUUACACUGCAAUUUCCUUUUGCAUCAGUGAAGCUAGUAUAAUUGAAAGUGACUGCUAAGUAGUUUUGACAGGAACAGAGAAGGAUCAUUCAAUUCAAUUUAGUGCUUGAAACUUUGAGCAUUAACUGCUCAUCAGUUAAUUAACACAUGCUUUUGGGGGCAGAGGUGCAGGGUAGAAGUUAUUAAAACAUUUAACAAAAAAAAUUGUUUCUUAAAUCAGAUUUGUUCAAAGUAUGUGGGAAAAGGACUCUAAUGUAGUAAUAAAUAUAAAAAUAAUCAAUUUCUUUUCUGAAAGAUUAAAGAUAUGUAAUAUUUCUUUUAAAAAUAAAUAAAUAAAAAUACUAUGCCAGGAUUAAGUUUUGUUGUAAUUAGACCUGUUCAUCAAGUUUUACAUUUCAUUCUUCCUAGAGUGUAGAUCUGUUUCAUCUGUACGAUAUAUCUCAUCUUCAUAAACCCGAUUGUAAAUAUUAUCAUGCACUAUCUUAGCUGUUUUAGUAUUAUAUCAUGUUGUAUAAAUGUCUGUUGUACAUAUAACAAAUACCUGUAUGUUAAUAUGAGGCUAUGGUAAUGAGACUAGCAAGUUUUAUGUCGUGUUCAUAUAUGCCAUGAACUAAUGUGCACAGUAGAUUGGCUGCUCUUUGACAAUGGGCCGUUAAUUAUUAAGAUUUAUGUCCAGGGCCCCGUUUUACAACGCAAUCUUAGCGCUAAGAUCACCUUAAGUGCAUACAGUAACUAUGCAUAUACGGUGAUAUUAGCACUAAGAUCGCUUAGUAAAACGAGGCCCAAAAUACUAAAUAAUAAAAAAAACAGUGUUUGUGCGUUCAUUUGGACUGUUGAUUAGAUUCUGGAUCUAGUACUAAGUCCAUAUUUUUGAAGCUGUCUUCCAUAUUGUAAAACUGUUGGGGGCUAUGUUUGUCGUAUUGACGCGUUCGCCUGUGGCAAUUUUACAAGAUUAUAGUGAUGAGAUAGCUUUGAAAAUAUGGCCAAGGCAUUAGAUGAUGAUUGUACUGGACAGUUGAUGAUGACUGUACUGGACAGUUGAUGAAUAGGGUCUCUAAUAAUUUUCUGGACAAAAAGUCACUUAAUAUGUUGACUUGUAUGAGUUUACGGUGUUAAUAAUGCAUGUACUGAAUGGUUGUUACCACUGUUUACAAAUGUCAGAAGCAGAUUUCUUUUUUUUUAAAGUACUCUCGUAAUUGUCCUUAAAUAAAAUAUCUUGAUGCAAGUCUAAUUAUAUUGUGGUUUGCUGUUAAAGGUUUGAAUUGUGGUUGAUAGAAAAUUUCAGCAUAAGUAUAGGUUAGAAGGCAUUAAGACGUUCAGACGACAUUUCAUACUUAAUAUGGGCAGGCAAGCAUCAUUGCGUGUUCACGCCAGUUGUUUUGAUGUCAUUCGUACAGCUUUUGGCGAUGAUGUCUGGCCAAUUGCGUCAAAGUAAUUUUGGUCACAUGACUUGUUAUUAAGACGGCUUUUUGGGGUGUCUUCACGAUUAAGACGAUCAAAAUGCUAAUAUCUGAUUGGUUGACUAGGAGAGAAACUGAGGAAAUGCUGUCUAAACUUUAUUUAAAAGCAACAGACUUGAAGAAGUUGCACUGAUCUCAAUACACUAGAAUAAUCAUCAAAACGUUAUUUUUCUUAGCUAGUUGUGAAAUAAUUUUUAUUGUCACUCACUGAAGCUCCUGACAGCUGAAAAUAAUUUCACUUGGGACAUAAACAUGUUACGAACUGGAAGCUCAUUUAAUAUCCUAUAAUUAUGACAUGCAAGUGAAGAAAAACUCCAUAUUGUUUGCAGGAAAUUAAUAUAAACUAGUAGCCUCCAAAUAUUAAUAUUCGUAUGUGUAAUUGGAUUAAUUACAAAUAUCCAAAAUGACUGAAAGUGCCUUCUACUCUGAUUUUUUGUUGUUUCUAGAGUGGGGGAAUAAAUGUUUAUUGCACUAAACUGCAUAUAUAAAACACUGCUUUAAUCUUGUUUGUGAUGUGGGGUUUUAAAAAAAAUGCAAAUCACAUAUUCAGAUCAAAAUAAAUAAUACUAAAAAUAAUAAUUUAAAUCAAUAUAUAUACCGUUUGUCAUGUGUUUGUUUUGGAGGUAUUUCAUUGCAUUGAGAGAAACACUCCAAACUAUACAUAGCUCAGUCUGUUGGUAAACAAAUAGAAAUUUUUUGGCCUACAAUAUUUUACUUAUUUGCUUCUUUUCCCCCGCAUUUUGUUUUAAAAUUAAGGGCAAGUUUUACUUACAUAAUACAUUGAUGUGUUCUGGUCAGUCUUCAUUUUACAACAUGUUGCAAGAUAUUUGAGUCAACAGUUUAAAGCUUGGCUAUGAAACACUUAACUUACAGCCAUUAUAGUUUAAAAAAUCACAUGUACAAAGUCAUUACUCGUUGAAGUCAUGUAUGUCAAACAAAAAUGUUUUGUGUCUUCAUUCACUUUUUUAUGUCAUUUUAAAUUAAUGGCUUUUGGCUUUCAGAUCCAUUUCCCAUUUCUGGAACUAUAUUUGAGUAAAAUAAUAUAUUAUUAUUAGAAUUUGUUUAUCAGCUGGACAAGUCAUGUAUCUUGCUACAUUUUGCAAAUAUAUCUUACAUCAUUUGUUUGUUCCAGUCAUUACACUGUUUAAAUAAAAAGCACAGUUGUUAAGUAAUUAUAAUAUUGUAUUGUUGUUUUAUACGUGCAUUCGUCAUUUUAAUAAAAAAAAUACAUCAGUCAA